CCGGGGCUCCCCGCCGAACCGAUCCAAGCCGGAGGGAUGCCCCGGCUCAGACGGAUCCCAGAGGCUUGCCUCCUGCCCAAACCCUUCCCCUCCCCCUCGGGUUGGCCCUCCAAACCUGCUCACCGCUCGAACCCCGGUCCUGAGGGUUUGAACGCCCAAUACCGCCUCUCUCGUGACUACUCAUCUUAAAGCCUCCUGGCCCCCUUCCAAGUCUAUUCCCCAUUCCCACCCUGAGCCCCGAAAACUAGCCUCUGCUCCUAACAUUCCUCCAAUCCAGAGGUUCCCCUCGUACGUGACCCUCAGACCCCCACGCCCUCCCCAUCUUGUGACCCGGCCCCAAACUCCCCUCACCAUACAUCCGUUCCUCUGCUCAGUCUGGGCCCAGGCCCCUGUGGCCCUGAAGACAUGGAGUUUGUAUCUGGAUACCGGGAUGAAUUCCUUGAUUUCGCUGCCCUCCUGUUUGGCUGGUUCCGAAAGUUCGCCACGGAGCGCGGGGCUGUGGGGGCCAGCCUUGAGGGCCGCUGGCGCCCGCUGGAGACGCAGAUCAGAAGGCUGCCCCAGGACCCCGCCCUUUGGGUGCUGCAUGUUCUGCCCAACCGUAAUGUGGGCAUCAGCCUGGGGCAAGGAGCAGAGCCAGGCCCUGGAUCGGGCCUGGGGGCUGCCCAGUUCCUGGGAGAUGAGCCCCCACUCCACCUGCGAGACCUAAGCCCCUAUGUCAGUUUUGUCAGCCUGGAGGAAGGGGAGGAAGCAGAGGAGGAGGAGGAGGAGGAAGAGAAUGGAGAGGGGGAGGGUGCAGGCUUGGAGAAGGUAGAUCCAGACAAAACUGGGGCCCCUGCCCCUACCAGCAGGGACUCCCCCCAGGAAGCAAACCCUCCAGGGAGGCCAGAGGAGCCCGAGCAAGAGGCAGGAGGUGGAAGCGGUGGCCAGGAUUGCUGCCGAGAAGACAAGGCAGAGGACGAAGCAGUCCCUGAGAGGAGGAAGGGGCGGAGAAGUGAGGCUGCCCCCCUGCACCUUUCCUGCCUCUUGCUGGUAACAGACGAACAUGGCACCAUCUUGGGCAUUGACCUGCUAAUGGAUGGAGCCCAGGGCAGUGCAGGCAAGGGCUCAGGGCCAGAGAACCUGGCCCCUCGGGCCUAUGCUCUCCUCUGCCACAGCAUGGCCUGCCCCAUGGGCUCCGGAGACCCUCGAAAGCCCCGACAGCUGACUGUGGGAGAUGCCCAGCUGCAUCGAGAGCUGGAGAGUCUGGUCCCGAGGCUGGGAGUGAAGCUAGCCAAGACGCCGAUGCGCACAUGGGGUCCCCGGCCGGGCUUCACGUUUGCCUCCCUUCGGGCUCGAACCUGCCACGUCUGUCACAGACAUAGCUUUGAAGUGAAGCUGACACCUUGCCCCCAGUGUAGCGCGGUCUUGUACUGCGGAGAGUCUUGUCUCCGGGCCGACUGGCGGCGAUGUCCGGAUGACGUGAGCCACCGGUUUUGGUGCCCGAGGCUCGCGGCCUUCAUGGAACGUGCCGGAGAACUGGCAACUCUGCCUUUUACCUACGCCACAGAGGUGACCAGUGAAACCUUCAACAAGGAGGCCUUCCUGGCCUCACGGGGCCUCACUCGUGGCUACUGGACCCAGCUCAGCAUGCUGAUUCCAGGCCCUGGCACGCCCAGGCACCCCCGGGGCAGCACGCCAUCCCUCAGCCUUCUUCUCAGUGGAGAUCCCUAUCAGCUUCUCCAGGGGGAUGGGCCUGCCCUGAUGCCUCCUGUGCCCCCAGAUCCGCCCAGGAGCCUCUUUGGCUCAUGGCAGGAUUACUACACGUGGAGGGGCCUCGGCUUGGACUCCCCCAUGGCCGUGCUUCUCACCUACCCGCUGACUGUGUACUACGUCAUCACCCACCUGGUGCCCCAGUCCUUCCCUGAGCUCAACAUCCAGAACAAGCAGUCACUGAAAAUCCACGUGGUGGAGGCCGGGAAGGAGUUUGACCUGGUCAUGGUGUUUUGGGAGCUCUUGGUCCUGCUCCCCCACGUGGCCCUAGAGCUGCAGUUUGUGGGCGACGGCCUGCCCCCCGAGAGUGACCAGCAGCAUUUUACCCUGCAGAGGGUGAGGGCUGAUGGGCAGGUGGGGGUGGGGCCUGCGCUCCCGCCUCCCUCCCGCUCUCCCCUGUCUUGCCUAAGGCAGCUUCCCAGCGCCCUAACGUCUAGCCCUUUCUCCACUCCGCUCCUGGCUCCCCAGGAUGGCCCAGAAGUGUCUGUCCGUCCUGGUUCCGGGGUAUCGGGGCGGCUCAGCUCCGGGACCAAGGAGAAGGGGGGCCGCAGGGACCUGCAGAUCAAGGUGUCUGCACGGCCCUACCACCUGCUCCAGGGGCCCAAACCUGACCUGGUUAUCGGGUUUAACUCCGGCUUCGGUCUCAAGGACACCUGGCUGAGCUCGCUGCCCCGGCUCCAGUCCCUCCGAGUGCCGGCCUUCUUCACCGAGAGCAGCGAGUACGGCUGUGUGAUGGACGACCAGACCAUGGCGGUGGCCACGGGAGGGGGCACCAGCCCCCCGAGGCCCAAUCCCUUCCGCUCCCCUUUUCGCCUGCGAGCGGCCGACAACUGCAUGCCCUGGUACUGCAACGCCUUCAUCUUCCACCUGGUCUACAAGCCCCCGCAGGGGGGCGGGGCCCGCCCGGCGCCGGGGCCCGCGCCCCAGGCCCCGCCCCCCGCCGCGCCCCCCGCCCCCGCCCGCAGACGCCGAGGGGAGAAGAAACCUGGGCGGGGGGCCCGCCGGCGCAGGUGAGGGCCCAGGUGUGGCCGCCCGGCGCCCCCCGCCCAACACGCCCCCGAAAGCAGAUCGGAGCCGCGCACGGCCGGGGGGAGGCGUUUGGCGGCUCGCGCGGAGGUAAAUAAAAGUGCUCGUUUGAAGCCACUGAGUCACGCGCCUUCCGGUUAUACGCCCCGGACGGGGUCCUUAAACGCGGAGGAGAGGAAAGGAUUUCGGGAUGACUCAUUUUCCUCCAGCUUCUUUCGGCCCCGCCAUGGCUGUCGCCUCCCUUCCCCGCGGUUCCGACCCUCUUUGGCAAUCCCAAACUCCUGGGGUGUGUGUGGGGGGGGGGUAAGUCAUUUCCAGGCCCCUGUAACCGUCGGGGACCUGCCCCAACGCAAGACCCGAGAAGGGGAAAGUGGCUUCUCACUAGCAGGCAGGGCAAAAGCAUACAGGCUCCGAGGGGCGCACAGACCCCGUGGUUUAGAGGCAGCGAAGGGCCCCAGGCCACCCAACCCUGGGCCCUCCUCCGUCCGGUCUCCACCUUCUCUCGUUCCGCGUAUCCAGUGAAGGGCCAACUUCUGAGUCAGCCUGCCAAAGGCAUUCAAGUUCACCUGUUCGUUCACCAGGCGGAGAAUUCCCUCUAGGGCAUUAGUCCCCUGCUUCAGUCCCCUUUCCUCCAUUCUUAAAAUCCCCGUGAGUGUGGGCUGGGCUUAGUGCCUCCGUGGCUAAGUACAGAAAGGGAAAAGUAACAGAGAAGCUUGGCACACACCACUUUCCCCCAGUGAGUAAGUCAUGUUGAUGUCAUGUGCUCCCCGACCUGUUGCAAUGAGGCCCCAUCACCUUAGUGUUCUUCCUAAGAAUCCCUAAGCUCUGUCUCAUCCUGAGAAAACAUCGGACGAAUCCAACCUGUGGGACAGUCUACAGAACGCAUGACCACUCCUGCCAAAGUGUCAAAGUCACGAGAGGCGAGGAAAAAGACCAAGAAACUGUGACAGACUGGAAGAGACAGAGGGGACAUGAUGUCUAAAGAUGACGUGGUAUCCUGGGUCGGAUCCUGGGGCAAAGAAAGGACUUUGGUGGAAAAAUCUGGGGAAUCCAAAUAAAAUCUAUA